CCAAGCUGUCCGAGGCAGGACCGGGAGGUGGAAAGCCUGGCUAUUUCAGAGGAGCAGGAGCUAGUCCAAGCAGGAGAGUUUGAGGAAAAGAUGCCCAUGGCCCAGAAGGAGGCAUGAGGGCGCAUUCUGAAUUCAUUCAUGACUCUUUCUGGUUCUCUUUUUAGGUGCAGAUCUGAGACGGAGCCCCUGAAGAGUACCCCUCAGUCUCUCAAGCUGGAAUCCCCACCCAAGAUGGACAGAAUGAGCCAGGGCUCUGUGAAGUUGUCCUCGGGCAAUCCAAUAGUAGGGAAGGACAUCCUUCCACAGCAGGAAGUUCAGCAGGGGCCUGACAGCCCCAGAGAAGACAGGCCUAUGGGGCUGAAUUCUGGAGCCCUGCCUGCUGGAGCCCUUUCUGCUGCAGCAGACUCAGACUCACAGAUUCCUCCAACAGAGGAUCCUCCAGGGUGUGACAGAGUUCCUGCUGGGAUGAGAGGAGACCCCACCCAUGAGAUUGCCGAGCCACUCCAGUCUCCCAUCCUCUGGCACUGCCCUGAUGGUAGCUUUGUCAAGAGGAUCAUGGUCCAGGGCCAGGGCUUGGACAAACCCAAGGGGGGCUCCCAAUGCCAGGUUCUAGUAUCUGGGCUUCCCCCUGGAGUGGGUCUGCCCGAAGGCUGGACACAACUAACUAUGGGAUCAGGGCCAUGGAGAGACAGUCCCUGGGGAGAGGUAUUGGAGAAAUGCCUGGAAACCAUGUGUUCGGGUGAACAGGCAGAACUCUUGCUCCCUGGUGGAGCUGAGCCCCCUGCCUUGAUCACCCUGGCCUCUUUCACCCUGGGCAAGGACUCUUGGGAGUUGUCAGUCAGGGAGAAAGAAGAGCUAGCUUCAGAGGAGCGGGCUCGGGGCACAGAAUUGUUCAGAGCCGGGAACCCUGAGGCAGCUGCUAGGUGCUAUGGCCGAGCUCUUCGGCUGCUGCUGACUCUUCCCCCACCUGGCCCUCCAGACCGAACCAUCCUUCAUGCCAAUCUAGCUGCCUGCCAGCUGCAGCUCGGGCUGCCCACCUUGGCAGCUCAGAGCUGUGACCGAGUACUAGAACGGGACCCAAGACACGUGAAGGCACUGUACAGAAGGGGAGUGGCCCGGGCCGCCUUUGGGGAACUGGAUGGAGCUGCUGCUGACCUACGGAGGGUGUUGGAGGUGGAACCAGGAAACCGGGCUGCCAGAGAGGAGCUGGGGAGGGUGGUGAUCAGGGGGAGAGAACAGGAUGCAGGGCUGGCUCGGGGCCUUCGAAAGAUGUUUGGCUAAUUAAAAAUCA